AUGAGUCUGCAACCGCCUUCGCUCGCCGUCAGGUCCAAGAGUGGAUCUGCGCCCUCCACCAAAGCUGUCAUUUUGGUGGGAGGGCCGUCUCGAGGCACCAGGUUCAGGCCAUUGUCUAUGGAGCUGCCCAAGCCCCUCUUCCCUGUCGCCGGCCACCCAAUAAUUGAGCAUUGCUUCCGCGCCAUUGCGAACGUUCCUGAGAUCAAGGAAGUUUUCAUCGUUGGCUACUACGAGGAAUCCGUCUUCCAACCCUUCAUCAACGCCAUCUCGAACGAUUUCCCUCAGCUGCGAGUGCACUACCUCCGAGAAUACCAGGCAUUGGGUACUGCGGGCGGUCUAUACCACUUCCGAGACGUCAUAUUGAAGGGCAGGCCGGACAGGUUCUUCGUGUUGAACGCAGAUGUCUGCUCAUCGUUCCCGCUCAAUGAGAUGCUCAGGCUGUUUGAGGACAAGGACGCCGAGGCGGUGAUGCUGGGCACGAGGGUUGCGAACGAGUCGGCGACGAACUUUGGCUGCAUUGUGUCAGAUGCACACACGAAGCGAGUGCUACAUUACGUCGAGAAGCCCGAGGGACACAUCUCGAACCUGAUCAACUGCGGGGUGUACCUCUUCUCAACCGAGUGCAUCUUCCCCGCCAUUCGCAGCGCAAUCAAGCGCCGCACCGAGCGCCCACGCCUCGUCUCGUAUCCGUCUUCCGAGAACCUCGAGUCGUCUUUCUACCAGGGCCAGGAUGACGAUGAUGAAGAUCGGGAAAGCGCCGUCAUUCGUCUUGAGCAAGAUGUGCUGUCGGACAUUGCUGAUAGCAGGCAAUUCUUCGUGCUGGAGACUAAGGACUUCUGGCGCCAGAUCAAGACUGCCGGCUCAGCAGUACCCGCCAACGCCCUGUACCUCAUGAAGGCUUUCCAGUCAGGGUCUGAAGAGCUUGCUGCUCCCUCGGCCAACAUCAUCCCGCCAGUAUACAUUCACCCUUCAGCGCAUGUGGAUCCGACGGCGAAGCUGGGGCCUAACGUUUCAAUCGGUCCCCGCGUUCACAUUGGCGCCGGCGUCCGCAUAAAGGAAGCUAUCGUCCUGGAGGAUUCGGAGAUCAAGCAUGAUGCGUGCGUGAUGUACACCAUCGUCGGCUGGCACAGCAAGAUCGGCGCUUGGGCCCGCGUCGAAGGCACACCGACACCAAUCACCAGCCAUACCACGAGCAUCAUCAAGAACGGCGUGAAGGUGCAGAGCAUCACGAUCUUAGGCAAGGAGUGCGCAGUUGGCGACGAGGUGCGCGUGCAGAAUUGCGUGUGCUUGCCUUACAAGGAGCUGAAGAGGGACGUGUCCAACGAGGUUAUAAUGUGA